GGGACGGGACGGGACCCGGCGCCCCGCGGGCCAUGCGCCUCCUGGCCACGGCGCUGGCCGCCCUGCUGGCCUCGGCCCCGGCCCCAGAUGUUUGUGAGGCUUUAAAUGUGACAGUCUCUCCGGGACCAACAGUGCGAUACUCUGAGGGAGAUAAUGCUACCCUCUACUGCCACAUUUCUCAAAAGAGAAAGACAGACAAUUUGCUGGCUGUGCGGUGGGUCUUCGCUGCAUCACCUACUCAGGAGUAUCUGAUGAUCAAAAUGACAAAGUUUGGGUCUGUCCAAUAUUAUGGAAAUUAUACUCAACAUUUCCACAAACAAAGACUUCAUCUUCUUAAAGAGAAACAUGGAACUAUGUACAAAUUUCUUAUUCUAAGUCUCCAGCAAACAGAUCAAGGACAUUAUAUAUGCAAAGUCCAGGAAAUUGGCAAACACAGGAAUAAAUGGACAGCAUGGUCAAAUGGCACAGCAGCUACUGAAAUAAGAGUGAUUUCAUCAAAACCUGAUGAUGAUCCCACUUUCAAGAAAAACCAUGAAGCCUGGAAGUUUUUCGAAGAUCUGUACGUGUAUGCAGUGUUUGUGUGUUCAAUAGGAAUAAUCAGCGUCCUCCUUUUUACACUUGUCAUUCUCUGUCAGUCACUUCUGAACAGGAGGAAGUCCACAGUGAAACAUUACCUGGUGAAAUGCCCCCAGAACAGCUCUGGGGAGACAGUUACCAGUGUAACAAGCAUGUCCCCUCUACAGCCCAAGAAGGUAAAGAAAAAGAAAGAGAAUCUGGAGCAGCCACCAGCCAUCCCAGCAAAAGCUCCAAUAGCCAAUAAUUUUCCUAAGCCCAAGCUCCUGAAACCUCAAAGAAAAUUGAUCCUGCCAAAAAUCGCAGAGGAGAAUUUAACAUAUGCUGAACUUGAACUUAUGAAGCCGAUUCAGGAAGCCAAAGGCACUCCCAGUAUGACAGUCUACGCACAGAUACUCUUUGAGGAGAACAAGCUGUAAUAGUUCAUGCCUGUAUAAAUGUCCUUUGUCUGUGUUCUAUUUAAUUUUUGCUGUGCUGUUUAUUUAUAAAAAUCAUACAAAUAUCCUUAUUUUUUUAUUUCCAUUCACGCACUUCUAUUUUUCUAUGAGACUUUUAAACAAAAUAUAAUUGAAAGUAAUCAUAGAAAAAGCAGUUGGUCUACAAGUGACAUUCAGAGACAUCCUCUGUAGAAUUUGCUCCUGGUUUAAAUGAAGUUCCACCUGGGGCAUUUUCAAUAUUAAAUAUCAUUCCCUCUUUGAUUCUAAUGCAACAGGUCCAACUGCAAACAUCAACAUUUUAACAAGCCUUAGGAGUAGUGGCAGGAUCCAUGUACAAAAUCUGCUUUUGAAGACAAAGACCACUAACCAAGAAAUUUGUCAGCUUAAUGCUGCUUUUCCUGUAAGAAAUAUACUGCUCAGCAAAGCUGAGAUGUUUUCCCUACUGCAAAGAAAAAGCUAAAAUUACUUUUUCUGAUUUUUUUUCCCCUCCAGAAAUAGUUGUAAAAAGUUUUGCUUUCUAUAUUUUCAAAUUCCCUUUCUAAAUGACAUAAUCUUUAAAAACUUAUGUUGUUUUUAGUAAAGUUAUUCUUAGGUGCUUGAAAUCAAACAUUUCAAAAUAAUCCAGAGGAAACUUUCAUAGUUAAACCCUAACAAAUUUAAGGAAGAAUUUUUAUAGGUUGGGAACUUUUUUUUUUUUUUUAAUUCUGAUUGGGAAUAGGAAAAACUUAUUAGUGAGUUAAACAGUUCAACAGAGCCAGGACUGCUUUUGGCCUGAAUUUAGAUUGGUGCUCCCAGACCUGCAAAAGUUUUCUCCUGUGGCCUACGUUACUGAACUGUUGAUUUAGAGGAAAAAUUGUAGAGUUUCUCCUUUACUAUGGAACAGACUCCAUUAGCACCCUGCUCACUUAUUUGGAGGUUUUUUUGAAAGACCAGGGCUCAGGAGUUAGUGAAAUGAGCUUAAUGUGAGAGCACAAAAUACUCUUUCUCUUUCUUCACCUUUUGAUAACUGAGAAGGGAGUUUUCCUUUUCCUUUGACAUACAUUCAUGGAAAAUGGGCUGUUCUGUGGCAAACUGGGCAUUUCAGUCAUGCAGGAUAGCUGGAUUGAUGUUUUCAAGCUCCUGAAUCUCCAGUGCUCAAAUUCUACCAAAGCUCAGGGAGAGCUGGGUACCCAACAGCUUUCACCCUUAGGAAGCUUUAGCCCUUGAAUAAUUACAGAGUUAAUGGAGACACAAAAGCUCUUUAGCUCACCAUCAGGCCAUAGAGAUCUGAUAUUUGGCAUGUGGCAAGUCCUCUCCAGGCCUGGGAGGGAGCCACUUGACAGGCCAUACAUUCAGCAGUAUUGAGCAUGGAUUUUGGAGUAGAACUUGGAGGCCUUGGGUUUUCAAAUUAUGACUAAAAUUGCUUCCUCCUUUAUAGGUCAGGCCUUUUUAGUGAUACAGAAACUUCUUACCAGGGCUUAGGCACAGCUGGGAACCAUCACAGAAAAAAUUACGCCCUUAUUCAUGUUACUGCAUGGAAGCACAGGGGUGACAAUGCAGGGAUGGGGACAUGUGGCACUGGGAGAGAGCACAUCGAUACGUUUUGGAAGGUUUCACCAGAAUAAACAAGCCUGUAUGAACUGCUUUUUAGCUUUUUUGAAUGAGUGUAGAGAUUAGGUAGCAUACAUAAUCUCUUACUGUAUAGCCAGGAUGCGUAAAUGUAAAAUGCAGUCACCUGCUUCCACGUUAGAUAAAAAUCUCUUGUAUAAAAAAAGAAUUUAAGAGAAGCUUGUCAGGCUGUCCAUUAUGUACAGUACUAAUUCCUACCCUAGUCCCUCAUAAAAACAGUUCUUUUUAAACUAAGGCCAGUUUUUAUCAAUAGGUUUCCUACUAAUUAUUUGCAUUUUUAAUUUAUGCAUUUUUGAGACGUCAAGAAAACAUUAGUUUCACCUUUUCUGACGAGUUUAAUCACCCAUCCAAAGGCAGGGUAUAUUUCCUUGUUCAUUGAUUGGGUGACAGGCUUUCAAAGAAAACAGCAAUCAACUCACUGACCAAAAUAAAUUGGUGCUAAAGAGUAACCAAACAUUCAGGGAUCAAUUUUGGAACAGCCGGGGUUCGACUGACUUUUCAGAGAGGACAUCUCUUACUCAGCUGUAGCUGUAAGGAAGGCCUUAGAAAAGUAUAAAAAUAAUUAGUGAUUCCUUUGGAAUUAAAAAUAAAAACCUAACACACUAAUGAGUUGACCACUUAGUUGUGAAAACUUCCUAAAGUUUGGUAUACAGACAUUCCUUUUAUAUACUACUGGAUAUUGUGCCAAUUGUUCAGAAAAAUCCUCUACUGUAUGUUUAUGCCCAGUAUUUUAAUGAAUACCAUUCUUUGUGUAUUAAUAGUCUAUAUAUUCUUGUUUAUGUUUGAUAUCCAUUUCACCCAAAUAACAGUUAAUUGAGCUAAAUAAAUUACCUUUUUUUUGU